AUGGCAACGAACUCUGGUUGGAGGCUCCUCUGGCUCUGCUUGACCCUUGGGCUGCUCCCUGGCCUGAGUCAUCAGGCGUCGAUCGCCGAGAGCGACUACUAUACGGCCGGAGUGGUGGAGUUCCGCCAAUCCGUACUCAGCACCUCCCCCUGGUCGGAAAAUCUGGCGGGUUAUCUAGAGAUCAUACAGUCGGCGAAUGCAAGCGAGACGGACAUUAUUGUCUUUCCGGAGCUGACGAUCAAUAGCAUGGGCCCGCAGACAUUUGUGCCGGAUCCCACGGAACAGAUCGCCCCCUGCCUGAACGAUCCCAGUGCCUUGUAUUAUGCAGAGUUCCUGGUGUCCCUCUCCUGUGCUGCUCGCAAUGUCAGCAAGUACCUGGUGAUCAAUGUGUCGGAGAAGAAGCUGUGCACGGACACGCCCGAGGAUCCACGGCCCUGUGCCUACGAUGGCCUUAAUAUCCACAAUACGAAUGUGGUCUUCGAUCGCCAGGGGGUUGUCAUCUCCCGCUAUCGGAAGGUGCAUCUCUAUGGAGAGAACAGGAACACCACAUACGAGCCAGAGUUGGAGACCUUCGAGACGGACUUUGGCGUGACCUUUGGGACUUUUACCUGCUUCGAUAUAUUGUUUUACACCCCGGCCCAUCAGCUGAUCUUGGAGCAGGGCAUCACGGACUUUAUCUACACGACCAUGUGGUUCUCCCAGCUUCCAUUCCUCACAGCUGUGCAAACCCAGCAGGCUUGGGCCUACGCAAACAAUGUGAAUUUGCUGGCCGCCGGCGCCAGUUUUCCUUUGGUGGGCAGCAGUGGCUCCGGGAUCUACCAUGGACGUGAGGGCGCCCUCAGCAGCGUGAUGGUGCAGGGCACCGGCGAGCGUAGUAUCCAUGUGGCACAGGUGCCAAAGUAUACAGUGCGACGGCCCAUCCGUCAGAGGCGUCAGAGACGAGCUCUGGGGACCUCCAGAGAGGCGAUCAGCAGCUCGAACUUCACGAUGAAACGGGACUACCUGGAGAACUACCAGAGUGAGCUUCUUCCGAUCGCAGAGAACCAGUCCGGGAAUCUUACGAAGGACAUCUGCUAUGAAAAGUUUUGCUGCCACUUUGACAUCGAGUGGCGGCCCUUGGAGGGCGGCAGUGGACGCUCAGCGAGCUACCGGCUGGGGGCCUACGAUGGCUGGCGCAAUGAGCAGAAUGUGGACGCCAAUUACAUACGCAACUGCGGCCUCUUCGCGUGCACGGGCCCCACCCUCGAAGAGUGCGGUGGUCUGCCCUCCUCGGAAAAGCUGGAGGAGCAAGGGCUGCGCGUAGCCUUCACCCGUUUGGAGAUCGGGGUCACCUAUCCGGAGUCGCGCGAGUUCCUUCUGAUGCCAAACACCGUGCUGGAUGACCUCCUGCCCCUAGAGCCAUCGCGGUUCGAAUGGUCGCAAGAACAGCAAUCGGUGGACAGCUACCAGUAUGAUGUUCGCUUUGGCCUGCGCGACUCUGUCGAGGUCAGCAACCUCCUGACCUUUGCCAUCUACGGCAACUACUACGAUGACAAGUGUACCUUUGGUGUCGGCUCAGAGGAGCAGCAAGUGGCCUGUGGCUAUAAGAACGGAUCUUCGCGGCUCGUGCUCUUUGGCGCUGGUCUGCUGAUGCCGCUGCUACUCCUCUUGCGGGGCUGAUCAUCCGUUAGGCUGUUCCUCAAUGUGUUGGCUUUUUUUUAAUAUACAUAGUUUUAAGGAUAUGAGGAAUUGGAAGUGCUGUGCCUCAUGCCUUCCAGUUCCCAUCGAAACUUUCUCUAAUGUGGUGGCAAUACUGGUCCUAAAAUAUGUUCAAAUUCAGGGAAAUAUAUGCAUGGAAAUACAUGCCCAAA